GUGAAGAAUAAAUGUUUCCGGUGUAAGAGAUGGCCGAUUUACCUGGGAAGUAUCAAAAACUUGCUGGUGAAUAUGCUAAAUUGAAAGCUCAGAUUCCAGUCCUGAAAAAGGCAUAUCUGGAUGAGCAAGGGGAAGUAAAUCAACUGAAGGAAUUGUUGAAAGAAAGAGACCAGACAGUUAGAAAAUAUGAGCAAGAGGUUGACAGCUUAACUUUUCGAAACCAGCAAUUGUCCAAGCGAGUCAUUGUCCUGCAAGAGGAAGCUAGUGAGACCAAUGGUAGUAAAAAAAAAUCUAAGAAUAAGGGUGAGCCAACUACCCCAGAAAGAUCUGGAGCACACAAUGGGGCAAUCAAUGUCUUCAAUGAAGAGCUGCACAACAAAAUUGAGGAAAAUGCACUUCUCCAUAAGCAGCUGCAGGAGUUGUCUGCCCAGUUUGAUGCACAUGUUCGAGACUUACAGGAUCAACUGAAGGAAGCAGAAAACUUCAAAGGUCACCAUGAAGAAGUUCUGGGAAGUGCCCAGAGAAGAUCUAAAGAAGUUAUUGACAGGCUACAAGAAGAAAAAGCUAUGCUAGAAGUCAAAAUUCAAGCAUUGGAAACUGACUUAAAAGACUUCAGAGGGAGAUCUGAUGCAGCAGAACAGAAAUUAGUUACAGUAGAAAAAUGCCUUCAGAGUCGCCUUCAAGAGGCCAGAAAAAUCAUUGAGGAAAAGCUACCAUUUAUAGAUACAAAACUUAGAGAUAUCAAUGGUCUUAAUGUCCCAACCCAUGACAGAAGACACCAACUCCGUGCCAAAGAGUUAAUUACACAGGGAGCUAACCUGGUGGGUGAGCUGACCAUGGGGUUGUCUAACUUUUUUACCUACAGUGAGCAGAGAUCCAAGAUCUAUCCAGCAGACGGCGUCACAGAACCACUCAGUCCACUGAAUACAAAGUUCUGCAAGCAUCUUCAUGAAAAUAUGCUGUAUCUCAGACCAGUGGAACAAUCUUUGAGAAGCUUUUUGAAUAAUUUAAAAGAUGAUUCUCUUACAGUAUUGGAAACUUCUUCAGAGCUUCAACCAUUUUCAGAAAACUUUAAAAAGAUGGUGGCCUAUAUCAACAAACUUCUUCCUUAUUAUAUUACAAGUUUAGAAGAAGAGAAUGCUGUCUCAUCAUGCACUGCUACACUUAUGUCUAAAAACCGAGAUCUUCUCCAUUCCCUGAAGCGACUGGUAUUGGCAUUCAACAAAAUUGACACAUAUGUGGCUUUGUUAGCAGCACAGAGUAUUCAAGGUCAGGGUCAUCCUCAGUCAUCCCAUCCCAAGUUUUUCUCUGGCCUGUGUAAAUCUCUCAACGAUCUUCAUGAAGCUGUCAAAGAGGUGUCCAAGCAUUACAACUCUAAAGUUUCCUUAGAACACCAAUUACCAACAGCAACCAAAGAACUCAAGAGAACUGAUGAAUGUGUAGUGGCAUCUUUAAUAUCUUUGGUCACUAAUACAGGAAAAAUGGCAGCCUUUAUGUCAGGAAAUCUUGAUUUCUUUUGUCAACCUGCUGGAUACAGAACACGAGGGAGCAGUAUCAACUCAGAUUUAGGAACUGAAGGACCCAGAUCUCACCCAGUUGUCAACAGCUUCAGGCAAAGAACCUCUCAUUUUCUUUCUUCAAUAGCCAAGCCCAUACCAGAUACAGUACCUUACUGUGUAGCUCUUCAGAACAGAAAAACAUUAUACAGCUCAGCUGAAAGUAAAGAAGGAUUAGCCAAGCAGCUCUCAGUUUUUCAACAGAAACUAACAAAACUGGAGCAAGAAAAAGAACAUUAUCUAUUAGAGUUGCAGCUUUUGAAGAUUAAGUUUGAAAAUGAACAACUGAAAACUAAACAGUUGGAGAAAGAAGUUGAAAGUGUCCGGGGCAGCUCCAGUGGUGUUAGUCUGGCAGCCAGCUCGCUAGAGGAUCAUAUAGAAAAGUUGACACUUCCUUCUGAAGCAAGCGUGCGGUCUGAUUCUGUCAACAGUGGAUCCUAUCUGGAUACCAGUAUGCUUGGACAGUUAGAGACCAGCGGCACUGUGAAAAAUGAUAUUGACACCAGGGAGCAGCUGAUCAUCAACCAUUAUAAUGUCAGAAUCAAUGAACUGACUCUCCAGUUACAACAAGCUGAAAGCAAGGCUGUUCACUUUCAUGCAGAGGUUAGAGCUCUACAUAAACAGCUGAAAAUAGCUGAGAAAGCCAAAGAGAAUGGUCAGGAAGAACUGAAAAUUGUAAACCAAAGUUUGGCCCAUUUAAAGGAUGAACUUCAGACGACCACCAGAAGUUAUGAGGGUCAGCUGAGCAUGAUGAGUGAGCACCUGGCUGGCAUGAAUGAGAAACUUGCUCAACAGAAAGAUGAGAUUGAUGAUUUAAAGCAACAGCUCUCACAGAAAGGAUCUUCUUCUAAAAUUUUAAAGAAAACCAAAAAAUAACAUUUGUGUUCCAUAAUUACCCGAAGGUCUUUCUCAAGUGAACACAUAAGCAGAGGAUGGACUACUUGCGGCUAAAAGGAUAAUUCAAAGUCAUUUACAGUUUGGCUUUUAUUGGGAUUUAUUCAUAUUACCUCUAGUAAUUUGUUUAGAUGUUGUCAGUAUUUGAUCAAUGUCUAGUUCAACUAAACUAGUGGUAUUGUUAAUGUUAGAUUUAUUCUGGGUUGAAAUGUACAAAUGCUUAUUACCUACCAACCUCUGACUCAAAGUAGUGAGCAACGUUAUUAAUUGUUGGCAAAUUAAUGUUCUUGUUACUUUACCAAAAUAUUCACGAAGUUUUGCAAAAAAUAUUUUGUUUUCUAUUUAGCCUGCAAUUCACUGUGAAUUUUACUUUUUAUAAAAAAAAAAAUCUUAAUCACAUUAUAAGCCUUUCUUCCAAUAAUUAUAAUUUAAUUGCAAUAUAUUUUUUUUUCUAAUUGAUGCAGCAUAAAUUGUUUCACUGUCAUAGUGAAACAGCAUAAAUUGUUUCACUGUCAUAAGUAAACAUUUACACAAAACAUUUUGAGUACUGGUAUCAAUAUUAUGUAUGGUAGAUAAGAAAAACUAAAUAUUUAUAUUUGGUUUGAAAGCUUGACUGUCAUAUCUUGUAGGACUUUGUCCCUUAAUGGAGAAACUACUUACUCUCACGCUACUGGGUAACAGUAUUUCGCUGGAAGAUAAUUUUUAUAUCAAUAAUAAUAUGAAUAAUCGUGAUUUUAAAAUUCUAUAAUGACCCAUGUUCUUUUGUAGUUGAAUGGAUAAAACAUGUUAGCAACUUGCAGCAUGUAGAUAUUGUAUGUCCACUAAUAAGAUAUUUUAUUUGUUUGGCUUAUUUUAAUCUCUCUCCAUAUUCAGUUCUAUGUGUGACAGGGUCUUUGAAGCACACUUCACAAGGCAUUUUCAAAUGUGCAAUAUACAUUUUGAAGCAACUUCAAAUUUAAAAGCAGCUUUAGUUUUUAUAAGUCAGUAAUAUAUUUUUUACAAUUAAUAAUAAACCAUGAUUUUAAAAAAUGUGUUUUAAUGAUGUAAUAACUUCACAAUACAUAUUUGUGUGCAUGUGUUAAUCAUUCCACUAAAUACAAUAUUGAAAUAAUUUACACCUUUGUUGAAAUUGACGCUGCAUGUGUACAUAAAUAAUAGUGGGUCAUUCUUGUUUUUUUUUGUCCGUGAUGUUAAUUGACCUGUAACUUGCAGAGGUUUGAAUGUUGCUUUGAGAUACAAUGUCUACUAUUUUUUGUUGUUUUGGUUAUAUUUAUAAUAUGGCUGUGACAGUAUGUACAAGUCAAGAGAUUAAUUUUUUGUUCAUUUGACUAUUUCAAUGUAUUGUCUGAAUUGUCUAAAACAAAAGUAAAAUAGUCAUUUAUUUCA